AUGGAGAGAGAGCUGCCCCUUGCUGAGCUGGCUGGAGAAGUGUCCUCUGCCCUGGGGGAUCUGGGAGGAGAGAUGGUCUGUGCAGAGAGUGACAGUGAAGGGGACACGUCCUGCACGGAGAGUGAUGCAGAGGCUGAGGUGCCCCCCACAGGGAGCAGCAGAAGCGAAGAGGCAGCUGGUGCUGGGAGCAGCGGGGCAGGAGACAUUCCCAGGACUGAGAGGGAUGGGGAAGGGGAAAUGCCCGGUGCUGAGAGGGAUGCCAGGGGAGAGGGAUCCUGCUGUGAGCCAGCAGAUCCUGGGAUCCCCACGGCUUCCCAGAGGGUGUCUGCUGUUCCUCCUCCAUUCAGAGCCAUCGUCCGCCUGCGGCGGCGGCUCCGGCUGCAGAGGAAAAGGCGGAAAAGCCGCUUGCACUUGGAGCUGCCUCCAGAGAAGUCUCCAGAGCUCAGCCACACCAGGCUGAUCCAAAGGCAGCUCUCCUUGAACCGAAGUACCCUCUAUGGCCCCUCCGUGUCCUUCUUCAAUCGGAGCAGCUUGGAGACUUCGCAGUACUUCACCUUUGACACCUCUGUGGAGCACCAUGCCAUGAAGAAACGCAGGAGGAAAAAGAAUCCGAGGAAAUCGAGGGUCGUGCUGUACCCAGAUAAAACAAAAAGGUACCUCCCAACGGAGGAGACAAGCAAGGCAAAACGGUGCCUCCUCCUGCUCAUUGUCAUUAUCUUCUUCCAGAUUCUCAAUGCAAUAGAGAACCUGGAUGAUAACCUCCAAAAAUACGACCUGGAUGGUUUGGAGAAAACCAUGCACCGGGAAGUGUUUGGGCAGAAGGUGGCUAUGGAAAGUAUUUUGGAAUUACUAAAAGACUACCUGGCCACCCACAUCCACAACAAGCCUCUUGUAAUCUCUCUAAAUGGCCCGACAGGAGUUGGGAAGAGUCAUGUUGGCUGGCUGCUGGCCAGGCAUUUUCGCUCUGUCAUGGACAACGACUUUGUGCUUCAGUACUUUGUGAUGCAUCACUGCCCCAGCGGGGGGGCUCCUCUUAGUUGUGAGACAGAUUUGUCUAAGAAGAUUUCUGAAAUGGUUACUAGAGCUGAAAUAGAGGAGAAGAUACCACUGUUUAUUCUAGAUGAGGUUGAACUCAUGUCUCCUGUCCUGCUGGACACUCUCAGCCGAUUCUUUGAGCCCAACCAAACCAACGAGUUCCUCAAUGCCAUCUACGUUUUAAUAAGCAACAUAGGAGGUGGUGAAAUCACAAAGUUUGUUAUCCAGAAUGCAUCUGCUGAGCUUCUGCAUCAGCAACGGGGAGCUGAGGAGCUGCUGAGCACCGUCCAGCCCAUCCUGAUCAAUGUCCACCCCCUCUGGAAAUCUGCAGACAUCAUCCCAUUUGUUCUUCUGGAGAAGACUCAUGUCAUCAACUGCUUCCUGGAGGAGAUGAGGAGGGAAGGGCUCUAUCCUGACCAGAAACAUGUUGAAAAUCUAGCCAGUCAGCUCAGUUACUACUCCACAGGGGACAAGCAGUACUCCAGGAUGGGCUGCAAGCAGGUUGUGGCCAAAGUCAACCUACUCUAAUUUACAGCAGAAACCAGGUCCUGCUCUCAAGAUUUGCCAGGUUCUGGGCUCAUGGAGCACAGGAGGCUGUGGUCAAGGUGUUCUUCAUGAGCCCUGCUCUGACUCUGUCCUGCUCGAGGCAGAGGGAUGGCAGCCCAGCUCCUCUGCCAUGUGGUCUCUGUUCUCCAGAUGCUUCACUUGUGAAUAAGGCAGGGACAGCAAAGCUCAGGCAUCCUCCCAUUAAUUGUGAGGUGCUUUGUUCCUCACCUUUGUUCCUUCUUUUGGGAUCCUGGUCAUUAAGGAGUUAGGAGGUGAGAGCAGAGGCUGUGGGAUGCAAACAGGAGAAGCCAGUAACUGGGUCACUGUCCCUGCAGGACACGUAGCCCUGUCUCACUCCUUCUCUGGGCUCCCAGUCUUCUGCUCUUGGCUUUUUUUGGUCCUGGAUGGUGGUUUGGAGAGCAGAGGCAGUUCUGGGCACCUGGGAGGACUGGUGGCUCCUCACCCCCAGACGUGGGGGCAUUCAGAGCUUUGCUUUCUCCAGCUCCUACGUGACCCUGUGCUCCAGAGGCUGCUUCUUGGACCCAUUCCUGAGCUGUUGCUCUUCUGAGCUCAUCCUGAGCUCACCUUUGGCACCUCCAGCAAGAUUUCUGCCCUGCAAGUCUGUUUGGGCUCGUCGUGAAGCCUGCUGGGCUGUGCCAGCUGGUGCAGAGAUAAAUGCCAGAUUGUUUCAGGUCUGGUGGUGGGAACUCAUCCUGAGAGCAUCCUGCUUUUUGCUCCUGGGUACAAUUCACCACAUUCAUUAUCUAGAAAGCCUGAAAUAGCAACUGACAUAGAUUAAGCAACACACACUGGAAAAGAGAGUUUGGGCUCUCUGGGCCAAGCACAGCGGGAAUCCUGGGCUUGUUCCCGGUCCUGUGAGGCCAAGAAGAGGAUCGCAGCCCUUGAGACCCCAGGAUGCUGCCUGAAGCACCUCAGGAAAAUCACAUCCUUGUUCUGAGGAGGGAUUUGUGACACUGCUGUCUCAGGGUUUGGUUUUGUGCCCAAGUACCCCUCUCCAGUUUGCUGUGAAUUCUCACAGCUGGGAUCCCGGGGAUGGUUGCACUGAUGGUUUGAUUUGCCUCUUUCUAACUGUUGGUCUCCCAAGAAUUCCAUCACAAUCUACUGUUUCCAGAGCUGUUGUCAGGAAUAAACCCAAACUA